AUGUUCGAUUUUAGCGGCCACAAGGCGGUUGAUGAGUCCAAAGAAACGCUUCCGCCAUUAUCGGUUUUGUUGCAUCCAACCCAUCAUUCUCAUCCAACUUCCGAAAGUUUAACAGAAAAUAGACUAGAUGCUUGUCAGGAUUCUGCAAAAAUCCAUCAAUCUCCAAAUAAUUCACCUCAUGCUCGAGGACAUUACAAUAUCAUGCGUCAAGAAGAUCUCGAACGGCAACAUGUUCAACAGUUACCAGAUUCAUCCUCACCUUCGUUUUCGACUCCCAACGAUGACGGCGUUCAUUCGUCACGCGUAUUGUCGGACGUUCGUUUACCUUCUAUCAAUCAUGUUUAUCCACCACAACAAUCGAUAAAUGCACCUUUGCAUCAUGAAAGACCUCUUCAAUUGCAACAAAGUCGUUCGGAAACUUUUGGUCAAAAUAAUUUAUCUCCUCUAUGGUCAAGACAACAAGCGCCUCAGCAGUCGCCAAGACAAUCAGCUUCUGGCUCACUUCAUAAUUCUAGUCCUAAUGUAAAACCUGUACAAAAUCCCGUCCGAUUUGUUAAUAACAUUCAUCCACCAGAAUAUAUUCAUUCUAAUUCUUUUGCAAAGAAUUCUUCUCAAUCUUCCGCUUUGAAUUCACAAAACUUUGAGAAAAUCUUGUCAGAUAUGCAAAAGAUAACUGAACAUUGCUCUUUGAUUAGCCAAUUUGCUGCGCAAUAUGGUGAUUAUCGAAUCCAAAUGAAUAAAUUUGGACAAUUUUCUCCAAAUACGUGGACCCCUAACCACGGUAUGUCCCCGGAAGCUCAAGUUCCGGAAAUGAUAAAUAAAGCAUAUGAAAUUCUGAGUGUGUUGAAUAAUAUCAAAAGUGAUCUUGGUCAGACUACUUCGAGUGAUCAAGAAACGAUAAACCUCAUUAGAACAAAGAGAACUACCGUUGGCCCUUCAGCAACGAGAACAAAAUAUCGGAAGCGAAGUGUAAAUUCUCAAUUAAUCUUAUCACUAUCAAAAAUGAAACGUGCGGCACCACCUGGAAGAUGUCACUCUUGUAAUAUAUCGGAAACUCCCGAAUGGCGUCGAGGUCCUGAUGGUGCCAGAACUUUAUGUAACGCUUGUGGUUUACCGAUGCAUCAACAGUCUAUUCAACCGCAACCUAAGAUCCAUCGCGGUAAUUCUGUUCUACCAAAUUCAUCCACAAUGACACAACCACCUCCGUUAAUUCUUCCACAACCAAAACCACCGAUGAAUAUGAUGGGGGCAUUGCAACUUUCGACACCUCACUCUAACCAAUUGAUUUGA